UUGUUAACAUAAAUAAAAUACAUUAUUUUUAUUGAAGCUUGUUCUCGUUUUCGUUUACUUAUAAGUAGUAUGUUAUUGUCGAAAUUUUUACGUUGAUUGAAAUUGAAAUUUAGGCUUAUAUGUAAUUUUGGUCAAACUUUCACGCAGUUUUAAACUUAAUACAAAUUUAGAUAAGAGGUAAAGUUAGCCUCUUUGGUUGAAAAUUUAUCUGGAGUGAAGCUUCUCCAGUCAGUGAAUUUACUUUGUUGAUUAUUGUGUUGGUCUUGAUAUAUUAAAGCGUCGUUUUAUCAUACACCCAUGGAUCACGACAACAUAUUCAAUCUGGAUAUUGAUGCGCCGCAACAUUUUCAGGAUUUCAUAAGUAAUAUGGAUAACUUUGAAAUUCCUAAUUUUGAUACUGCUUUUGACCAGAGCCCAAUAUAUACAGCAAAUAUUGUGAACCAAAAUACCCCUCAAGCAACUACAACUUAUGUAGCUAGAAUUGACAAAAACAAUAAGGAUGCUGGGUUUAUCCACCACACAAUAAGUUCGGAUGAAAUAGAGAUGCGUAUAGCUGUGGGUGACUCAAGUGCUAUGCCAGAGUUCCCAUCGCAUGCAACGAUCACAGUGGAGUCAACCGACCCCAACACUCUUCAGAAACAGGUCAAGAAAUUCCAGUGUGAAUAUCGAGGUUGUGACCGCAGUUACACCACUGUUGGCAACCUCAGGACACACAUGAAAACUCACAAAGGUGAGUACAGAUUCAAAUGUAAUGAACCGAGCUGUGGAAAGGCGUUCCUGACAUCAUAUAGCCUCAAGAUACAUGUCCGAGUUCACACUAAAGUAAAACCCUUCAACUGUAGCCAUGAUGGAUGUGAGAAGGCAUUCAACACCCUGUACAGAUUAAGAGCCCAUCAGAGACUACACAAUGGAGACACGUUCAAUUGCAUCUACAAUGGGUGCAGUAAAUACUUCACCACUCACAGUGACCUAAAGAAACAUGUCCGCACGCACACACAGGAGCGACCCUACAAAUGUGGAGAAAAUGGAUGUGGGAAGGCUUUUACAGCUUCUCAUCACUUGAAGACUCACAGGCGCACUCACACUGGUCAACGCCCGUUUGUUUGUCCCCACAACGGCUGUCGACGCACCUUCACCUCCAGGCACAGUGUGGUGCUGCACUUCAACACCCAUGAGUCUCUACAGGAUUUGGACACGGAGCCGGAAGUAGAAGAUUGUUCUGAAGUGGAGGAUAAUCCAUCUGAUCAAGAAGAACCAAGUGAUGACUUUUCUACGUCUUUUGAAAAUUCUGGAUUGCAAGGUACAACUUCAGAAACUUCAGUACCAGUUACCACCAAUAGUUCUCCAACCAGCUGUCUUUCUUCAGCAUCAACAUCUGAAACCAGCUUUGAGUCAAGCCCUCCAGAAAUUAGUAGUAACAUUUGUUUACAAGACAAACCAUGUAACUCAAUCGAAUUUAUGUCACAAGAUUUAUUGUUAGAAUUGCCUACUGAUUUAGAAACUGCCAACAGAUUUGUACCUGAUUGUAAGCAAGCUGUUUUUAUUUCAGUACCUCCUUUGGAAGAUGAGGUUAACAACAUAGUUUCAAAUUAUACUGAAAAUGUAUUGAUAGUAAAUCCCAGUUCACAAUCAACAGAAUUUGAUCUUGUCACUACUUCUUCAAAUCCAACGGCUGGCGAUACAUCACCAGACGUUGACCCUGAAAAAAUUAUCAUGGACCUCGGAAAACCAACUGAGUGGGCCGAUAUUUCGGCUGUGAAUGAAAUUGUUGUUAGUCCACAACUGGAUAUUAUUGAACUUCAGUGGAAUGAAAUCAUGAACAAGAAGAAACUUAGCAUGACAUCUGAACAAAAUUUAUCUCAGCUUAGUAAUAUUCCAGUUGAGGCAGUUAAUGUACAGGAAACAAUCCAGUCUCAGAAUGAGUCGGAGAUAAUUAAUGGGGGACAAGAAGAAAUUUCACCGCUAACAACAAACUCAUUAGCAAGUGAAGACAUUGCAGAGUUGUGGAGGAAUAUUGAAAACAAUAAUUAUGUUCUACAAGAUGCCAUGGGUUUGUUAGGGGACGAUUUGGAUAUUGAUGGAAAGUUGGAUUGGGUUGAAAACAGUGAAAUUACCAGUGAAACGUUAUUUCCAAAAGAAACUACACACAAUAAUGCAAGCACUAGUUGUUCUGAUCGCAGUGAAAUUACCAACUCAGAAAUUGAUAGUACCUGUAAAUGUAAGACUGGGGGCUCUAAGGUGAACAGCUGUUGUGUGACAGUUUGCCUGAAGACUCUGCAUCAACUGAGGAAAGUACUGGAAGGCAGUUGUUGCCAGACUAACAAGCCAUUGGCUGCUUUAGCCCUUCAAAUGGCAUCCACCACAAAUUGUUGCCCUGGGAGGUAAUUUUAUACAAAAUAAGAAGUUACAUGUAAUAUUAUUUGUUGUUGUUUAGAAUAACAGACUAAAAUAAUGUUAGGAAUAGAUGUGUAAUCUAUAUUGGGCAGGUUGAUUAAGAGAUGCACACUUUAGAAUAAAAUAAUCGUAAUUUUGUAUUGCACUGAUGUAAGUAAAACAUGACAAUGUACAAAA